AGAUGGAGCCAGACGUUCCGAACGGUCGAAGCAUGUGUUCGACCAUGUUUACAGUCGAAAACAUUCAGUAACUAGUCAGCCGCUCUUCGGGCAAGCGCGCUGCUUCACAUCGAUCUGCAACGCAUCCAUGCAUCUAGUUAAUGUUUAUAAGCAGUUUGUUGUCCGUGCAACAGGAAUUUCGAAAGCGAGCAAGUGAAGACGAAAAGAAGGAAACGAUCAUCGUUCGUGCUGGAUGGAUGGAGGAGACGAUAUGGACUGAGAACGUGCGAAAGACCACUUAACAUUCUUCCAAGUGCUCAAUUAUUUUAUCACCUGUGAUUGUUGUGUGCAGUGCAUUUUUACCAACCCCCCCCGGAAACCAAUUUGUGAUUUACACCACAGUUCGCAUUACAUUCUAUUUUCUCGUGUUUUUUUUGUUUGGAUUAAUCUCUUCAGAACAAUAACAUCAUAUUGGCUUUACCGGCGUCCGCAAUUUACAAAAUAAAAUUGGUUGCCGGCGCUAGGGUCGAUCCGUUGCGGUGGGGGAAGUCAGCUGGCACAGGCGUCGCGACGCGCACCGACGCCAGUCAACAUCGAGCGUCGUCCGCAUUGGGGUAUCAUCGUCGCGCGAUUGAUCCGCAUAUCCUCAAAUAUUAUAAAACACCAUAUCAUCCCUUUGCGUCAUCUUCCAAUUCGUGUUCGCAACCUCCCAUUCAAAAAAAAUAAAAUAAAAAACGACUGUGUUAUGUGUUCAGUGUUGGCGUGAUGCUUUUGUGUGCUGUGCUCCAAGGAUAUUAUGAUCCAGUGAUCCUCUGAGAUUGAGAGAGAGAGAAAGAGUUUUUUUUUGUUUUCGUUCCCCGUCUCUAUUCAUUUAUUUUUUGAUUACCAACCAACCAACUUUACCACCACCACCAACUUUACUCCUAUUUUUGGGAACUAUUCUGAAGACGAAACAUCAUGCGGAGGGUGCUUUUCGUGGUCGCAGCUUGCUGCGCGUUUUCCGCGUGUUUAGCUGCAUGGCAGGAGAACGUCAGACCGAAGAUGUACGUCCAAUUAGGUGCCGAAGACGACGUCCACCGUUUCCAAGGGAACGAUACGUACACGGACUUCUUCCGAUUGGUGAUGCGAGAUGGAGACUCACUCCUAGUUGGCGGAAGGAAUCUGGUGUACAAUCUGAGCAUGUCGAAUCUGGUGGAACAGCAGCGGCUCACGUGGUUCUCCAAUGAUCAGGACGUGAAGAUGUGCGUGAUGAAAGGAAAGGACGAGGAGAAUUGUCAAAAUUACAUAAGGAUUAUGACAAAGUCUGAAGAGGGACGUCUACUAUUAUGCGGCACGAACUCGUUCAAGCCCGUCUGCAGGGAGUACAACGUCCUCUCGGGCAACUACACAAUGGAGAAGGAGAAACCGGGCCAAGCAGUCUGCCCGUACGAUCCUCAUCACAAUUCCACGGCAAUAUACGUCGAUGGCGACUUGUAUACCGGAACUGUGGCGGAUUUCAGCGGAAUGGACCCAAUUAUCUAUAGGGAACCACUGCAGACCGAACAAUACGAUUCGAUGAGUCUGAACGCGCCCGAUUUCGUCAACUCGAUGACCCAAGGCGAUUUCGUCUACUUCUUCUUCCGCGAAACCGCCGUCGAAUACAUCAAUUGCGGAAAGGCUGUGUAUUCGAGGGUUGCCCGUGUAUGUAAAUACGAUCGCGGCGGUCCGCACAGGUUCAGGAACCGUUGGACGUCCUUCCUGAAGUCACGUCUGAACUGCUCGGUGACCGGAGACUUUCCGUUCUACUUCAACGAAAUCCAAUCGACGACGGAAUUAAUCGAAGGCAAGUACGGAGACGUCAGCGCUCAGCUGGUGUAUGGAACGUUCACGACACCACCGAACAGCAUCACCGGAAGCGCUGUGUGCGCCUUCUCGCUUCAGGACAUUGCAGACACCUUCGAAGGUAACUUCAAAGAGCAGCCAACGUUGAACUCGAACUGGUUACCGGUGCAAAGCUCCAAAGUCCCUGAUCCGCGACCCGGCCAGUGCCACAACGACAGCAGAACUCUGCCCGAUCUGACUCUCAACUUCAUCAAAACUCACUCGCUGAUGGACGAGAGCGUUCCCAACUUCUUCGGACAACCGAUUGUCAUCAGGACAAGCUUCCAUUACAGGUUUACUCAGAUCGCCGUUGAUCCACAGAUCAAAGUGCCCGGUGGCAAAACAUACGACGUACUGUUCAUCGGCACAGAUAACGGAAAGGUUAUUAAGGCUGUUAAUGGUUUGUCUGCUGAAUCGCGUCACGGCGUCCGACCCGUCGUCAUCGAGGAGAUCCAGGUGUUUCCAUCGCACGUCGCCGUUCGUGGCAUCAAAGUUAUAAGAAACGAAAAGCAGGAAGGUCGCUUGAUCGUCGUCGCCGAUGGAGAGGUGCAAUCUCUGCGUUUGCACAGAUGCGACAGCUCAAAAAUAUCAAGCUGCAGUGAAUGCGUCGCUCUGCAGGAUCCGUACUGCGCUUGGGAUAAGCUGCAAGGAAAGUGCCGAUCGCACGGGGCUGGUCGCUGGGGCGAGGAGAACUACUUCUUCCAAAGUGUGUCCAACGGUCAACAUUCCGCUUGUCCGCCGAUGAAAUUGAACAAAGACGCCGGUUCACUGGGCGGACUGAGCACUCAGCCCAAAUACAAUCAGGAUCAUCAAGCCAGCAAAGAGCAGCCAGACGGACAGAUCAUCAACAUCGUCCAGGACAAAGUCUUCGAAAAUAACGAUCCUGGUGUUCGCGCCACGGAGAGUCUUCCACCCCAAUACUCGGUGGAGACGCUCGUGACGGCCGUUGUAGCAGGCGCCGUGUGCGCCCUCCUCGUCGGUUUUAUCGCCGGUUAUCUUUGCGGAAGGAAAUGCCACAAGGACGAGGACGAUAACAUGCCGUACCCGGACACGGAGUACGAGUACUUCGAGCAGCGACAGAACAUGAAUAGGCAUAGGAUACAAGCGGAGCCGAAACUGCUGCCACAGGAGGAAGUGACGUACGCCGAACCGGUGCUGGUGCCUCAACCCCCGAAGUUGCACUCGCCGAAGAGCACGCUGAGGAAGAUGCCGCAACUGCAGAACAACGCGGAGACGCUGUUCCAGUUCCAGACGGACACCGGUUACAACGGGCGCGAUUACCGCACCCGCGACAACUUCGGAACGUUGCGUUCCCAUCAGGGCGACAACAAUUACAGGCGCGGAGACGGAUUCGCGACCACCCGCAGCGUGAAGAAGGUGUACCUCUGAGAAAACAGUGAGGAGGGUGGCGUGGCAGCCCGCAGCCUUGGCCGAAGCCGUCCCCAUGCAGCGAGGGGAGCGGCCGCCGGCCACAGCGUACUUCCCACGAGCAGCGGCUCCUCCAGUUCACCUUCGCCACCCUCCUCUUCGCCAUCUCCGACGCCACCGCGAACCGCCUCAUACAUCUACAGGGCGUAGCUGCAAACAAACAACAACUAUUACACCACCAACAACAACAACUACGCAUCCCGUAAUAAAGGCACAUAUCAAGCACAACCGCACACAUUCCCGCGCCACCGAAGAACACAACACGACAACAUUCGCUGCGAUCAGUGUCAAUUAACAAAAAAAACAAAAACAACAAACAAAACCCGAAUCCAAACAUAAGUGAAUCAAUUGAUGCAUACAAAAAAAAA